AUGCUCUCAUCGCGAAUCGAUGUUUCUCGUCAUAGAGUCCAAACUCAAAACUCGUUCUUUUAUUUAUACUUUACAGCGUUUUGUGACAAUCAAUUGCUCUCUGUUCUUCGUUUUGCAGAUCAAACAACAAAGGCUUCUGUAAUUUGGAUACGAAGUUUACUAGAUAAGAUGGCAAUUGAGACCCAGGAUUCGACUACCAGGGCACGAGAGAGUUCAACUUCCUCUGGAAGCGACAGCGACCAAGCUGGUGAUUUUGAAUGCAAUAUUUGCUUUGAUUUAGCACAAGACCCAAUAAUCACCCUCUGUGGUCACCUCUAUUGUUGGCCAUGCCUCUACAGAUGGCUACAACUUCAUUCACAGUCUCAUGAAUGCCCUGUUUGUAAGGCCCUAAUACAAGAAGAAAAGUUGAUUCCUUUAUAUGGCAGAGGCAAGAUGCCAAAUGACCCAAGAUCGAAACCUGUUCCUGGCGUAGAAAUCCCUAAUCGACCAGCAGGGCGGAGACCUGCUACAGCUCCGCCUCCAGAUGUGAGUAACUUUACUAACAUAGUUUUGGGAAUGAUGAAUGGAUUUGUACCAAUGGUAUCUGCAACAUUUGGUAAUUUUGGAAUGUCUGCUGGUUUUGGUGGGGUGUUUUCUCCAAUGUUUAACGUCCAGCUUCAUGGUUUUUCAAAUGCAAGUGGAUUUGGUGCUACAUCAGGGUAUCAAUUUGGAAAUGCUGAUUCUUUUCAUGGUACUAGCAGCCACGUUUAUAGAGAAACCGGUCAAGCUCAGCAGGCAAAUGACGGUUUGCAUGCUGAUGAAACUCUGAAGAAACUUUUGCCAUUUAUUUUUGUUCUUGCGGUGCUUGCUUUAUUUCUUUUGUAA